AUGAAGGAAGCAUUUAUAUCACUUGUAGCUUUUAUGGCAAUCUGCGGUUCAAUCAAAUGUCACGAUGUCGGAAAAGAUGGCUUCAAUUUCUAUAAAGAUUAUCUUCGGGCUAGAUCUGAAGAGGGGUCGUCGGAGGGGCCAGCUUCGAGUGACCGAAUGCUAUAUUUCUAUCGAACACCGCUACAGCUGUAUCCGGGAAUGCUACCAGCACUUGAACAAGAAUACAAAAAGAGAACUGGGAACAUUUAUAAGAAUCACAUGCUAAAUAAAGACUUAUGGACAGACGAAUCUCCUGGAAAACGCAGCUCCAAAACGGCCCUUUCUUUGAUGAUGCAAAGCAAGCACCCUUAUGUUACUGAAUAUCCCACGGGAGACGUCACAGAGAUUCCGUACAAGAUAUACGUUUGAAAUGUCUCAUACAAAUAAAAACAUGAAAUAUGUUUUAUUUAAUGUUGUAAUAUUAUGUACUCCUCUAUGUGUAUUAUGUA